GUUGGCGAGCCCUCACACGGCCGCCCCACGGCCGCCAGCAGCGCGGGCGCCGGACCUCCGAUCCCAGGGGCCCCCGCGGCGCCGCGCACGCGCGCUGGCGUGGCAGCAGCGCCGCCGCAGGACGCAGGAGAGGCCGACCCGCGAGUGGCGGCGGCGGCGGCGGCGUUUCGCGGCCGGACUGACGGCUCCGCGGCCGAGCGCUUGUCGGGCGGACACCUCGGGCCUCACUGCUCGGCAGGCGCCCCUGGGGUGGGUGUUUUGGAGACAGUUCAUUGCAUAUUCUAGGAAUCUCAAAGUGAUUAGCCAUCGCUGUUCCUUUUCGGCAUUUGAAGAUGGUGAAGCUAGAUAUUCACACACUGGCCCAUCACCUCAAGCAGGAGCGUUUGUAUGUAAACUCUGAAAAACAGCUCAUCCAGAGGCUCAAUGCGGAUGUUCUCAAAACAGCAGAGAGGUUGUAUCGGACAGCAUGGAUUGCAAAGCAACAGAGAAUUAAUUUGGAUCGACUUAUCAUAACCAGUGCUGAAGCCUCCCCUGCUGAGUGUUGCCAACAUGCCAAGAUUUUGGAAGACACACAGUUUGUUGAUGGAUACAAGCAGUUGGGAUUUCAGGAAACUGCUUAUGGAGAGUUCUUGAGCCGCUUAAGGGAAAAUCCUCGUCUGAUUGCCUCAUCGUUGGUUGCUGGAGAGAAACUUAACCAGGAGAACACACAGAGUGUCAUUUACACCGUAUUUACCUCCCUGUACGGCAACUGCAUUAUGCAGGAAGAUGAAAGCUACCUCCUUCAGGUUUUGCGAUACUUGAUUGAAUUUGAACUUAAAGAAAGUGACAACCCCAGACGCCUUCUGAGAAGAGGAACUUGUGCCUUCAGCAUCUUAUUUAAACUUUUUUCUGAAGGACUCUUUUCUGCCAAACUUUUCCUCACAGCUACUCUACACGAGCCAAUCAUGCAGCUGCUUGUUGAAGAUGAGGAUCACUUGGAGACUGACCCCAACAAGCUAAUUGAGAGGUUCUCUCCAUCCCAGCAGGAGAAACUCUUUGGGGAGAAAGGCUCAGAUAGAUUCAGGCAGAAGGUUCAGGAGAUGGUGGAUUCUAAUGAGGCCAAGCUGGUGGCUUUGGUGAACAAGUUUAUUGGUUAUCUCAAACAGAACACGUACUGCUUUCCCCACAGUCUGAGGUGGAUCGUGUCCCAGAUGUACAAAACGCUGUCCUGUGUGGAUAGGUUGGAAGUAGGGGAGGUCAGGGCCAUGUGCACUGACCUCCUGCUGGCUUGCUUCAUUUGCCCUGCUGUUGUCAACCCCGAGCAGUACGGCAUCAUUUCUGACGCUCCCAUCAAUGAGGUGGCACGCUUCAAUCUGAUGCAGGUUGGCCGCCUGUUGCAGCAGUUAGCCAUGACUGGCUCCGAAGAGGGAGAUCCCCGGACAAAAAGCAGCCUUGGUAAAUUUGACAAAGGCUGUGUUGCUGCUUUCCUGGAUGUCGUGAUCGGGGGCCGGGCAGUGGAGACACCGCCGAUGUCCUCCGUGAACCUUCUGGAAGGCUUAAGCAGAACUGUGGUGUACAUCACCUACAGUCAACUUCUAACUCUGGUGAAUUUUAUGAAGAGUGUGAUGUCUGGAGACCAGCUGAGAGAAGAUAGAAUGGCUCUGGACAACUUACUGGCAAAUUUACCCCAGGCCAAACCGGGAAAAAGCAGCAGUUUAGAAAUGACUCCCUACAACACUGCUCAGCUGUCGCCAGCAACCACUCCCGCCAACAGGAAGAACCGGUUACCGAUAGCUACUCGGAGCAGAAGCCGUACUAACAUGCUAAUGGACCUACAUAUGGACCACGAGGGAUCAUCUCAAGAAACCAUCCAGGAGAUCCAGCCAGAGGAGGUGUUGGUUAUUUCCUUAGGGACAAGCCCCCAGCUCACUCCAGGAAUGAUGUCAGAGAAUGAGGUCCUAAACAUGCAACUUUCGGAUGGAGGACACGGAGAUGUCCCUGUUGAUGAAAACAAGCUCCACGGUAAACCUGAUAAAACCUUGCGCUUUUCCCUCUGCAGUGAUAAUCUGGAAGGAAUAUCUGAAGGUCCUUCAAAUCGCUCCAACUCGGUAUCCUCUCUAGAUCUGGAAGCCGAGUCUGUGUCAGAGCUUGGCGCGGGGCCUUCUGGGAGCAACGGUGUUGAAGCUCUACAGCUGUUGGAGCAUGAGCAAGCAACAACACAGGAUAAUCUUGAUGAUAAACUAAGGAAAUUUGAAAUUCGUGACAUGAUGGGACUAACAGAUGAUAGAGACAUAUCAGAGACAGUGAGUGAGACGUGGAGUACAGAUGUUUUGGGAAGUGACUUCGAUCCAAACAUUGAUGAAGAUCGCUUGCAGGAAAUUGCAGGUACAGCGGCAGAGAAUAUGUUGGGCAGUUUGCUUUGCCUCCCGGGCUCAGGGCCUGUGCUCCUGGACCCCUGCACUGGUUCUACCAUUUCAGAGACCACCAGUGAAGCCUGGAGUGUCGAGGUAUUGCCAAGUGACUCAGAGGCCCCGGACCUUAAGCAGGAGGAGCGGCUGCAGGAACUGGAGAGCUGUUCCGGACUGGGCAGCACAUCGGAUGAGACCGAUGUCAGGGAGGUCAGUUCGCGCCCCAGCACACCAGGCCUCAGUGUUGUGUCCGGCAUAAGCGCAACCUCUGAAGAUAUUCCCAAUAAGACUGAAGACCUGAGAUCUGAAUGCAGCUCUGAUUUUGGGGGCAAAGAUUCCGUCACUAGCCCUGACAUGGAUGAAAUAACUCAUGGUGCCCACCAGCUGACCUCCCCGCCUUCUCAGUCCGAGUCUCUGCUCGCCAUGUUCGAUCCACUGUCCUCACAGGAAGGAGCUUCUGCCGUGGUCAGGCCAAAGGUUCACUACGCUAGGCCGUCCCACCCUCCACCAGACCCUCCUAUUCUGGAAGGCGCCGUGGGAGGAAAUGAGGCCCGACUGCCCAGUUUGGUCUCCCACGUCCUAACCGCCGCUGAGAUGGAGGCCUUCAGGCAGAGGCACUCCUACCCGGAGAGGCUGGUGCGCAGCAGGAGCUCGGAUAUCGUGUCCUCUGUCCGGCGCCCCAUGAGUGAUCCCGGCUGGAACCGCCGUGCCGGGAACGAAGAGCGGGAGCUCCCUGCAGGUGCAGCCAGUGGUGCUACUUGUUUGGUGGCUGCACCUCACUCGUCGUCCUCUUCCCCGAGCAAGGACUCCUCAAGAGGAGAGACUGAAGAACGCAAAGAUAGCGAUGAUGAGAAAUCAGACAGGAACAGACCUUGGUGGAGAAAGCGUUUUGUUUCAGCUAUGCCUAAAGCUCCUAUACCAUUUAGAAAGAAAGAAAAACAAGAAAAAGACAAAGAUGAUCUGGGGCCUGACAGAUUCUCAGCACUCACAGAUGAUUCCAGCCCUAGGCUAAAUGCUCAAGCUCAGGUCGCUGAGGACAUCUUGGACAAAUACAGAAAUGCCAUUAAACGGACCAGCCCCAGUGAAGGAGUAAACUAUGAAAGUACAGAGGUUAUGGGUGAUGGCGAAAGUGCACACGACUCUCCUCGGGAUGAGACACUCCAGAACAUCUCUGCCGAUGACCUCCCCGACUCAGCGAGCCAAGCGGCACACCCGCAGGAGUCUGCUUUCUCUUACAGAGAUGCAAAAAAGAAACUGAGGCUUGCUCUUUGCUCUGCGGAUUCUGUUGCCUUCCCAGUGCUGACCCAUUCGAGGAAUGGUUUGCCAGACCACACAGACCCUGAAGAUAAUGAAAUCGUAUGCUUCUUGAAGGUUCAAAUAGCUGAAGCAAUUAAUUUACAAGAUAAGAACUUAAUGGCCCAGCUUCAGGAAACGAUGCGCUGUGUGUGCCGUUUCGAUAACAGGACGUGCAGGAAGCUGCUGGCCUCCAUCGCUGAGGACUAUAGGAAAAGAGCACCAUACAUCGCUUACCUCACUCGCUGUCGGCAAGGUCUGCAGACCACGCAGGCUCACCUUGAAAGGCUCCUGCAAAGGGUCUUGCGAGAUAAAGAGGUCGCCAAUCGGUACUUUACCACUGUCUGUGUGAGGUUGCUGCUUGAGAGCAAAGAAAAGAAGAUUAGGGAAUUCAUCCAAGACUUUCAGAAACUGACAGCCGCUGAUGAUAAAACUGCUCAGGUGGGGGACUUCCUGCAGUUCCUGUAUGGGGCCAUGGCCCAGGAUGCCAUCUGGCAGAACGCAAGCGAAGAGCAGCUGCAGGACGCCCAGCUCGCCAUUGAACGGAGCGUCAUGAAUCGGAUUUUCAAGCUGGCUUUCUACCCUAACCAGGACGGAGACAUACUUCGUGACCAGGUCCUUCACGAGCAUAUCCAGAGGUUGUCUAAAGUCGUGACUGCCAAUCACCGAGCUCUUCAGAUCCCAGAGGUCUACCUGCGGGAGGCGCCGUGGCCGUCGGCGCAGUCCGAGAUCCGGACCAUCAGUGCGUACAAGACGCCUCGCGACAAGGUGCAGUGUAUCCUGCGCAUGUGCUCCACCAUCAUGAACCUGCUGAGCCUGGCCAACGAGGACUCUGUGCCCGGAGCUGACGACUUUGUACCUGUGCUGGUGUUCGUGCUCAUCAAGGCCAAUCCGCCCUGUUUGUUGUCCACCGUCCAGUACAUCAGUAGCUUCUAUGCCAGCUGUCUGUCUGGGGAGGAGUCCUACUGGUGGAUGCAGUUCACAGCAGCAGUGGAGUUCAUCAAAACCAUCGAUGACCGCAAGUGAGCGAGACCAAGGCCCCCCCGGGUGGACUGCUAGCUGGCCACAGGUCUCUGAACAGAUGAGCCAGCUGCCUGGAGGCUGUGGAUGGCUCUGUAUAGAACUGUACAGCAUUCAGACAUUUUAAAAUAGAUCUUUACUAAACAGAUUAAUGGGCUAACAAGCAAGUUCUACUUUCUUUGGGCUCUUUUCCUUUCUGGGUUGCAUAUUUUCUUUUAUUACCCCAUGUAGAAAAUACUGCUGCAAAAAGGGACCACUUUUUUGGGUAUUUUGAAGUAUUUUUAAAAACACAAUCUCCUAGAAAAUCCCUGGACCUCCAUUCAUGAAUACGUGUCCUUUUAUCUUAGAACAAUGCACCUCUUUUAUGAUGCCGUCUACCUGAUAUGCGUCCAGUGGGAGCAGAGUGCCAGCUACACUAGGACUGUAGUACAGUUGUUAGUGGCACUGUCCAGGAGUCCACUCACCUCAGUUGAGAAGCUAAGAAAGAAAUGUAAAUGUAAUAUAUAUUUAUAUUUGAUGUGCCAUGGACAUCUCAGAUACUAAUAAACAGGGAAUAUUGUUGAUGGUAGGUUGUGACAUACCCUCUUGUGAAAUGGUUUCCUCGACAAAAUUUAAGCUGAGCUUAAAAGCAAGGAACAAAAAUACAGAGAUACUAUUUAUUAGCACAGAAUACAGUUUAUUGAACUUUCUAGGUGUGGAAUUUGGUCCCUGUGCAGGGCUGCCUUUAGUGAGGAAAAGACAGGAGGACAUGACAUGGACACAUCUCACUAGGGCCGCGUCUAAGCCCGCACACAGGAAGUGGCCGCUGCAGUGACCACACAGUGCUUCCUGGGGCGCGUCUCAUCUGAAGCCCUAACUAUGCUGUAGGAACCCUGACAGAGCUCCUGACACGCCUUUAAUCGUCACGUGUUUUCGAUGAUUAUUCACAUUGAAUGCACAGACCAGGAAUUCAGUGAAUGUCAUUUUUUUAAAAACGAAUUUGUAUUGUCUGAUCUAGUGAUACAAGUUUUACUAGUGAUAAACUAUUUUAAUCAACAUACUCUUCUUAUGGGGAAAAAAAGUCUCUAUUUUGGCAGGUUUCUAUGCCUUUAUUUCCUUCUUCUGAAGUGUGUGUUUCAAUAGUUUGGUUUGGGUUGCGUAUGGAUUAUUAAUCAGGAGUGGGCUUUGGCGCCUGAGCCGGUGGCCAGGGCAACACCGUGCAGCCUCUGUGAGUAUGAGCUGUGCAGGUAGGCCGCGCUAGGCUCGCCUCACUUGCCGUGCUGCCCCGCAUGGUCAGCUUCAUCUGUAACGCAGAGGCCUGGCUGCUGCAGCCCUCGUCCCUGGCAGCGUCUCUGACAUUUUCCAGGGGAGCCGGGGCAGGCGGUCUCAAGUGGGUGAAGGCAGAGGCUGUUUGUCCCUGAGGCCUAAAGAAGCUGGGUUUGCUUUUAUGCCUCCAACCCUUCUCAUUUAUUUAAAAAUACCAAAAUAAUACAUUGCAUAGGAGUGUGGGCUGUGGUUUCUGUCUUUUAGGGAGAGAUCAAACAUGAACCGUACUACAGGAUGUCCCUCUACUGUGAGGAAAUCUGCACAGGAUGGUGACGCUGGAUGGGCUGCAGCUGGCACUUACCAGCUGGUAGAAACAAAACCCCAUUGAUAACUGAGAGCUAGGUUAACUGAAGCCAUUUACUUCAACACCGAGUCAAUAAACGUUCAAUCAGCAGUAGACUUUGGAUAGUUAAAUGUACUGUUACGGGAUUUAACUUGUAAAUCAAUGAGAGAUUUUUGUUUUCUCCACAAGGGUUGCUAACUAUAUUAAAUGUUACCAUUGUGGAAAUAAAUGCAGAUAUGGACACUGCA